AGCCGGCGGCGGCAGCGGCUGCGACAGCCGCGGGCCGGGCGUGAGCGGGGCGGUGCGGGGGCGGGCGAGGCGGUGCCGCCAGGUUGCGGCAUGGAUUACCCGGAGCCCGGCUCGCCGCAGGGCACCUGGGACCUGCCCGGUGACGGGACCGGCUACUACGAGCGACCUACCCGCGGCGAGGAGGAAGCGGCGGCGAAUCGCGGCUUGCAGCAUCCCCUAGCCCGCCCGCCUCGCCUCCCCCAGCAGCGCUCUGCGCCGCUGCUCCGCGCCGCGCUUUCCACGUCCUCCUCCGAGGGGGAAUCGGAGGCCGUCGCUCUGCCGCGGGACCCCAGCUUGAGCGACGAGGCCGGCGGCGCCGGUAGCGGCGAUUUCGACUCGGCCGAAUCCGGCGCCUCGCUGCGCUACUCUACGGGCACGGGCGGCGAGGGCAGCGAGGGCGAGGGAGCGGGGCUGGCGAGCAGCGAGAGCGGCGGCAGCGGCUUCUCGCUGGCGGAGAGGAGGCGGCCGGGCGGCAGCCGGCCCCGCUAUGAAGUGGUGCGGGAGCUGGGGGCCGAGGAGGUGCGCUGGUUUUACCGAGAGGACCGGAAAACCUGGAAGCCGUUUAUUGGUUACGACUCCUUACGGAUCGAGCUGGCCUACCGCGCCCUCGGAGAGCAACGGGAAGCCGAGGCGGCGGCGGUGGAGCCGGUGUGCGUGCGAAGCGGGCUCUACGAGGUGGACGUGGCCAACGCGGAAAGCUACCCCGUCUACUGGAACCAAACAGAGAAGAUCCCUGUGAUGCGUGGGCAGUGGUUUAUUGACGGCACGUGGCAACCUCUGGAGGAGGAGGAGAGCAACCUAAUAGAACAGGAGCAUCUCAACCGCUUCAAAGGCCAGCAGCUGCAGGAGAGCUUCGAUAUGGAAGUGUCAAAGCCUGUCGAUGGGAAGGAGGCUAUUCAUAGUCUAAAGCUGAGUCGCAACCACGUGGACUGGCACAGUGUGGAUGAAGUGUACCUUUACAGCGAUGCCACCACAUCUAAAAUAGCAAGAACUGUGACACAGAAGCUGGGGUUUUCCAAAGCUUCCAGUAGUGGGACAAGGCUACAUAGAGGCUAUGUAGAAGAAGCUACGCUGGAAGACAAGCCGCCGCAGACUAGCCACAUCGUGUUUGUUGUGCAUGGUAUUGGGCAGAAAAUGGACCAAGGAAGGAUCAUCAAAAACACAGCUAUGAUGAGAGACACUGCAAGGAAAAUAGAAGAAAAGUAUUUUUCCAAUCUUGCCACACAUGUUGAGUUUCUCCCAGUGGAAUGGAGGUCAAAGCUCACCCUGGAUGGAGACACUGUGGACUCCAUUACCCCAGACAAGGUCCGAGGCCUAAGGGAUAUGCUGAACAGCAGUGCCAUGGAUAUCAUGUACUACACAAGUCCUCUGUACAGAGAUGAACUGGUGAAGGGGCUGCAGCAGGAGCUGAACCGGCUCUACACCCUCUUCUGCUCCCGCAACCCAGAGUUCGAGCAGAAGGGAGGCAAAGUUUCCAUCGUGUCCCACUCCCUGGGCUGUGUCAUCACCUACGACAUCAUGACUGGCUGGAACCCAGUCAGGCUUUAUCAACAGCUGCUGCAGAAGGAAGAAGAGGAGCUUGAAGAGCGUUGGAUGAGCUAUGAGGAGCAACAUUUGCUUGAGGAGCUUUACCUGACCAAACAACGGUUGAGAGAGAUAGAAGAGAGGUUAUAUGGGUUAAAGGCCUCCACCAUAUCAAAACCACCUGUCUUAAAAUUUAAGGUGGAGAAUUUCUUCUGCAUGGGAUCUCCACUAGCAGUGUUCCUGGCACUGCGCGGCAUCCGCCCGGGAAGCAGCGGCAGCCAGGACCAUAUUCUGCCCAGGACAAUUUGUAACCGCUUGCUAAAUAUUUUUCAUCCAACAGAUCCAGUGGCCUAUAGGUUAGAACCUUUAAUUCUGAAGCACUACAGCAACAUUUCUCCGGUCCAGAUCCACUGGUACAACACUGCAAACCCUCUACCUUACGAGCACAUGAAGCCAAGUUUCCUCAACCCAACAAAAGAACCUACCUCAGUGACAGAAAGCGACAGCGUUUCGGCUGCCCCGAGCCCAACGACUUCUCCGGUCAUGGUGCGGCGGCACUACGGCGAGUCCAUCACCAACAUCGGCAAAGCAAGUAUAUUAGGAGCUGCGAGUAUUGGGAAGGGCCUUGGCGGGAUGCUCUUCUCCAGGUUUGGAAGAUCCAGCACAACCACCCCACAGGCACUGGAGACAGGCAAAGAGGGAGCUGAGGGAGAUGACAAAAAGGGCACCACUGCUGGCUCGCCGCCUUUACCGCACAGCAGCUCAGGGUUUCUGGAGCCCACAGUGGAGCUGGAGCACAGGAUCGAUUUUGAGCUCAGGGAGGGGCUGGUGGAGAGCAGAUACUGGUCUGCCGUCACGUCGCACACUGCCUACUGGUCGUCCCUGGACAUCGCGCUCUUCCUCCUCACCUUCAUGUACAAACAGGACCAAGACGAUCCUGACAAAUCCAACUUAGACUCUCUUUGAAUUUCUGACUGGGGCUGGGGAGGGAGAACUUAAAGCCACUGGCACGGCCCCAGGUGUUUUGCUGUUGAACUCCAGUAAUGUGUGGCAUGGAGGUUUCAGGUUUAAGUGCAUGUCUGGAUUGAUUUCAUUCCCCCUCCCCAUUUCUGAAAAGCAAAACUGAAUUUGCAUUCUGAAGCACUUUAUAUAGUUUUAAACAUUUACUUUUUUUUUGCAGUGCUUAGCCCUGAAAUGACCCCAAAUUCUUCUUUUGACUGUAUAACAGCUGAUACAACGUGUAGCAUCCUGUGAGCACAGUUGUACAGUGUGCUUGGGUGACAUACUCAUCCGUGAGCAUAAUGGCUGUUUAGUUCAUUGGAGUAGAAAAGACUACUUGAUUUGAAAGAGAGGGGGAAAAAAUCAGAUCUCAGUUUAAUUUCCAUUCACACAAAUAUAUGUCAGAGAGCAAACCUAAAGCUGCCAUGUUCUGAUGCUUUCUGUGUCAGUCAGUAACAACUUGCUGGUGUCAUUCCUCCAGGACUUUAUUCCGCUCCACGUCCUCCUCUGACUGCCGCCUUUGGAGGGUGUUACUGUUCCACGCUGACCCAUUUAGAAAUGAAUGCUGAAGGCAAACCAAACCAAACCAAAAGAAAGAAAAAGCAUGGGCUACUGUAAUUCUGAUUUAUGGUGACCUCUAGUAACUGUUUCAUCCUACUCCCCGUGUACAAACCAUGGCCUUUUGUACUGGUUUCCGUUGGCCCAAUGUGAGACCCACAUUUGUUUUCUACAGCACCAAGACUUUUUCUCAGAAAUGCAUAUCUUUGUACUACUCUGCAGAUGAACCUAUGGACACUGUGGCACACUUUGAGUAUUUUUGCAUUAAAAAUAAAUCUUUGUGGUUUCACACAA